AUGGUGUCCGCAUUCCAUGAAGAGAUUAGUGCUGCUCUGGGAACGACUGCGGUUCAGAAGCUGAAAUCAGGUGCACUCAUUCAGAAAGUGGCGAAAGCACACAGCACAGGCCACGCUGGUUCAACUGGUAACAUUCUUGCCUCCGCUGGCUUAGCGGCCAAUGUGACCAUCUCGCAGGUGACCUUAGGUGAUAAUUUCGCGCAUCAUUGCAUCAAGCCAGCUGAUUAUCUGCGGGGUUUGGCUGCCCAGAACAAGCUAUGCAACCUAACUGGCGGGGACCCCUUCCGAGAAACACUGCUAAGUUUUUGGGACACGUAUCACCGAAUGGAUCCUGAUCAUCCAGCCCUCGCAGAUGGUGUGGCAGCUUGUGAACUUAGUGUGCCGAUCCUUUUGUUCGGCGACGAAGGGAGGGCGCUUAAAAAGCAAGCAGCUAUGGUCUUGGGAUGGGAACCACUCCUUGGGUAUGGAUGUAUGAACGGAUGCGACGCAGAUCCUGAAGCACACCGCGGCCACAAGCUCAACUUCAGUGGAUCUACUUACAAGACCAGAAUGCUGCAUAGCAUCUUGCACAAGCGGUGUUAUGGAAAGAAACAGAAGCACCUACUUGAUUUGAUUCACAUCUGGGCGGCUGAUCAUGAAGAAGCGAUGGAUGGCAUCGAUGCCCACCUGGAAGGCAGAUCUGUGGUGCUGAAACUGGUCCCCAUGGGUUUGAAGGGGGACUGGCCAGCAGAAGUGAAGUUAUGUCAACUGGAAAGAUCUUUCUAUCAUGAUGCAACACCCUUUGGAAAGGGAAUCUGUCAUUUAUGCAUGGCUAAUACUUCAGAGUGCCACGACUGGACAACACGUGCGUGGGAAAACACUAUGAAGGAAACCUUCCGGCCUCCCUGGGAUACAGAGCCAGCACUGGUGAACAAGCUUUGCAGUGGGUUCAGCACCGAUUGGGACAAGGCGGCCUUCUGCAAGCUGGAUCUCUUCCAUAUUUGCCAUAAAGGCACCAUGGCGGAGUUGGCAGGAUCUGGCCUAGUCACCUUGCUGGACAUGGGUCUCUAUCCGCCUGGGGCCUUUGAAGCCAGGACAUGGUUCAAGGGAGCAGACACAACUGUGGCCAUCAAGUUCUUGGUUCACAUCUUGCAGGAGAAGGGCGUUGGACCGGAUUCGGAUGAAAUUCUGCAAUGCCUCCUGAAAUGUUGCAAGGCGGCCAACAGAUUCUUUUCAUUGCUGUAUCACCAGGAGCUCUGGCUGCCAGUCCGUGUGGCCAGGCUGGUGUCAAAAGCGGGGGGGGAGUACAUCAACCGUUACAAGCAGCUGGCGAAUGUGGCAUAUGGGCGUAACUUGACCAGGUAUCUCCUCACGCCGAAGCUACAUCUGCUCAUGCAUUGUAUACAUUCCCUGGACACGCAAAUUUCGAACGGGGUGAUUAUGAACCCGCUUGUGGAUUCCUGUCAGAUGUGUGAAGACUUUAUUAACAAAAUCGCUACCUUGGGGAGGAGUGUCCAUGCCCGCAAGUUUGAUGAGAGCACCUUGAAGAAGUAUCUGAUUUCCGUGCAGCGCUACUGGUGA